AUGCACACAGACGGACGGACGGUCGGACGGACGAUCGCGCGGACGGACGGAGGGAUGACGGACGGACGGACAGACGGACAAACGGACGUUGGGAUGGUGGAACGGAACGAUAACCCCCGAUCGAGGGGGUUCGAACCCUCCACCCGCGCCGUAGGCCACGUGCUUUUGAAUGACAGCGGCGCUUGUGUGCGUAGGACGGCCGAGGACGUUUUGUUAACGGUGCUGUGUGUGGUGUUGGGGCGGUUGGCGCUGUUCUUCAUGAUCGAGCAGGUGCUGAGCGUAAACAAAUGGGUGCGGAGCCCGCGCACUCGUGAAGGGCUUCCUGAGGCACCGCGAGGUACCCAUGAUCACCAGAAAGAAGCGAUCCGCGUGGUGACAAAGGAAAACUAG